CUAGUAGGUGUCAUGCCCCGGAGCCACCCUAACCCGCGGGACCCGCCUCGGCACCCGGCACAGCCCUCGGAACGCGCCUCGGCACCUGGCACAACCCUCGGCCCGACCACCUCGCCCUGCAUCCGGCACCCGGCGCAGCCUGGCCAACCACAGGGCACCACGCAGGUCAUCUGCGUGCGCCACCAGGGCGCACGUCAGUAGCCCAGAUCACGCGAGCCACCCGGAGGAGCGAUCGGAGGGGCACAGAGCUGAGCGAAGUGCGG